GGUGCAGCACGCGGGGCUGAAGGUGCUGCUCGGGAUGCCGGGCUUGCUGCAGCCUGGAUGCUGCUCUCCGCUCCUGGAUCUUGAACUUGCAAAAACGUUCGUGUGUGUAUUUAACAGUAAACUCCAGAGAAAUGUGAGCUAUUGCCCCUAAGCGAAGGAGAUGUAUUGACUUAACCGCAGCUAUUCAUGUGUAUAUGCCAAGCACGAAUGCAAUUGUUCACAGGAUCUGGGCUGGGGUGAAGUAGCAGGAAAAUCAAUCUUUUCCUCCAAAAUCGAGAGGGCGAGCACGGCGUGGAGUGCGAUGGGGUGAGGGGAAUGGAGCGCUCAGGUCUCGAAGCCCCCCAGCCAGGUGCAGCCUCACCUCAUUUCGGCAGCACCGCCCGAAACAGCGAGCCUGAAAUACGAACGCUGGAGCUGCGGGAGCAAGGAGCCGCCUCCCUGCCCUCGCACGCUGCAGUGUGAGUGCACGCUGCGCGUUGCCUGGAUGCACCCCGCGAUGUGCAGCCGCUGCCAGCGCCCUGGGGGUGAGGCUGCAGCCGCCGCCCCGUCCCGAGCCAGGCGUUUCCGUGUGCUUUGGUGCUGGGGAGGAGCGGGGCACGCCUGGCCUGCGUGCACGGCUGUGUCUCGAUCCCAUGAGAUGUAAAUCCGAGCGGUGCACGGAACCGGUUCCCAUCACAGGGCUGGUUCUGGUGGCACCUCAGCGGGGAGAGCCGGGAGGUGGCACAACCCAAGUGCUGUGUGUCCCCUGGAUGGCGGGGAGCCCUGUGGGUGCAGGAACUGAACAUGCAGUGCAUGAUCCUACAGCGAUCCCUCUGCAGAGCAGGGGCAGCUGCAGCGUGCCAGCACCUCCCAGUGGGACGCUGGGCUGGCAGUGCGGGGGCAGUAGGGGUCACUGAGCCUGGGACUGCUGUGCUUUACACUGUGGGCUAUACAGGGUGUAUAUAUGUAUUUAAAUAUAUGUGUGUGUUUAACAAUCUCUGCUGGAGGGAACUGAGGAAGCUGAGAUUUGCAUAGGAGCCGUGCACCCGCGCCGCCGCACCGCAAGCAUCCCCUGGGGAUGGUGAGCACAGACAGAACCCAGCCCUGGGUUUGGGUGCCUGGCACUGGAGGAGCGAGGGCUGAGUAAUUCAGAAACCCCGACCCUGGGUGUGACAUAGGUGCACCCGGGGCUGGGGAGCAGGGGGCAGAGGCGGUGGGUGGUGGGUGGCUGUGCAGAAAGGUCCCACCCGCGUUCCUUCCUGUGUUCCCAACGCUUUACUACCAGAUGCUGGGCAAAGUUCAGUGUCCCUGCGUGGGUGUGUGGCUGUCACACCUCAGUGCAAGGCUGUGACAUCUCUCCGCUGUCCCCUGUGCUGUCUCUGGGCACGGGCUGGUUCCUGGGCAGAGCUCUCUCCUUCAGCUGCCCCAGGUCAGGGGUUUUCCCAUCCUGAGCCUGACCUAUCUUCUCCAGGCAGGAUUUCCUCCCGAGGGUGGAAAUGCGUAGCAAAAUGCUUGGAGAGCAUUUGGCAUCAGACCACUUCACAUCCUGCCUCCUCCAGAGAGCUCGCGCUGUGCCGGGCUCUGCUCUGCUAUUAAUAGGAGACGCAUGGGCCUAAAGAGGAAGAAACUCUUGGUGCUGCAAGGCGACAGGGAGGAAGGGCCGUACCUCCAGCCCCAGCCCUCGCUGUCCGUCCAUGAUGGGCUCCUCUGUUCCGAACUGACCCCUGGGUUCACGCCCAUGGCCACGGCUCUCUCGGCUCUCUCGUUAGGGCCUUAACGAGCUUUCCAAGCCCUUCUCCCUUGCAUUUCCCCUCCGCCCGGGUGGCCGGCGGUGCAGCAUGCCUUUCUCCUGAGCCCUGAGCGCGGUUAGGAAGUGAUCCCGGAGCGAUGUCCGCCACGCGCAGCAAUGGAGAGCACUGGAAGUCCCUGGAGUCGGUGGGCAUCAGCCGCAAGGAGCUGGCGCUGGCCGAGGCCCUGCAGAUGGAGUACGACGCGCUGUCGCGCCUGCGGCAGGACAAGGAGGAGAGCCGGGCCAAGCAGCGGGCCGAGCCGCCCCUCAUCUCCUGGGACGAGCCCGAAAACACCCACGGGUGCACCGGGAUCAAAGCGACGCGCGGCCUGUCCGGCUCCGACCCUGCGCUGUGCAACAACGCGCUGCCUGAGGGCCUCGCCGUGCCCCCGCCGCGGCCUAGUGCUGUGCCCACCAGCACGGAGGGCCCGGCCUGGCUGAAGGCCCCGCUGGCCGGGGACUACCUCUACAUCUUCGAUGGCUCCGAAGGGGACUUCCUCGGGGAGCCCCUCAACGGCACUUCUCCUCUCGAUGGCAACGGGGGAUCCCCAAAAAAGCUCUCCCCACCGCCGCUGCCCCCCCGGCACUCUGUGCGGAGCCCCCCCGAAGGCAGCCGACGCCUGGGGAAGGGAUCCCCGCCGUCCUCCAAAGGGCCCCAGCCCAGGGAUGUCAACGUGUUCUCAGCGCACGAGCAGCCCCGUGGCAAGCUGCUCGCCCGCCGCAUCUCCGAGGAGGAUCCCUACGGCCUGGCUGACUACGAGGGCAUCAACGACGCCAUCACCUGCCUCAACCUGAAGUCCACCUACGAAUCCCAGGUGCUGCGGGAAGCCGCCCGCGGCUGGAAGGAGGGCAGGAGCAUCUUCGAGAAGGAGUCGAGCGGUAAACCGGUGGCACGGAGCAAGACCAUGCCCCCCCAGGUCCCCCCGCGGACCUACGUCUCCCGGUUCGGCAACAGGAAGAAUGUGGCACCCAACAAGAACCGCAGGAUCUCCGCCGACCCGGUUCCCCCCCGGCCACGCUCCUUAGCCAACGGCUACGAGCUCUUUGAGGUGUCAGAGGAGAGGGACGAGGAGGUGGCUGCUUUCUGCCAUAUGCUGGAUGUGCUGCGGUCCAGCUCCAGCCCCCAGGACUAUUCCCUGACUGGCUUCGUGUGGAGCGCCGUCAACCUCAGCCCCGAGCACCUGGGGCACGGCGUCAGCCUGAAGGUGACGGUGCUGUGUGACAGCCUGCGAGAGCCCCUCACCUUCACCUGCGACUGCUCCUCCACCGUGGACCUGCUCAUCUACCAGACGCUGUGCUACACGCACGACGAGCUGCACGCUGUCGAUGUUGAGGAUUUCGUGCUCAAGCUCUGUGGCUUGGAGGAAUUCUUGCAAAACAAGCACGCGCUGGGGAGCCAUGAGUACAUCCAGCACUGCAGGAAAUUCGACAUCGACAUCCGCCUGCAGCUGAUGAGGAGGAAGGCGGUGCGCAGUGACCUGGCCCGGACGGCCAGCGAUGACCAGAGCCCCUCCACCCUCAACCACUACAUCCACCUGCAGGAGAGGCCUAUCAAGCAAACCAUCAGCAGGCAGGCCCUGAGUCUCCUCUUCGACACCUUCCACAAUGAGGUGGAUACAUUCCUGGCAGCUGAGGGAGACUUCCCUCUGAAGGCAGAGCGGGUGAUCCAGUCGGUCAUGGCCAUCUGCAACGCCCUGGCUGCCGUUGAGUCGCAGGAAAUCACAACAGCCCUCAACCAGAUGCCCCCCUGCCCCUCCCGCAUGCAGCCCAAAAUCCAGAAGGAUCCAAACGUUCUGGCCAAGAGGGAAAAUCGAGAGAGGAUCGUGGAGAGCCUGACGGCCGCCAUCCUGGACCUGGUGGGGCUUUACUGCAGCACCUUCAAUGCUGACUUCCAGACAGCUGUGCAGUGGAGCCGGGAGCACGGCGUGGUGCAGGAGGCUCGCCUGCUCUCUUGCCCGCUCUCCUUCACCGUCUAUGCCACGCACCGUAUCCCCAUCACCUGGGCUGCCAGCUAUGAAGAUUUCUACCUCUCUUGCUCCAUCACGCACGGUGGUAAGGAGCUGUGCAGCCCCCUGCACACCAGAAAGGCCCACGUCUACAAGUACCUUUUCCACCUCAUCAUAUGGGACCAGCAGAUCUGCUUCCCCGUCCAGGUGAACCGGCUGCCGCGGGAGACGCUGCUCAGCGUCACGCUCUUCGCCGUGCCCGUCCCCCCCCCGGGGAGCUCCUCCGACACCAACAAGCAGCGGCGGGUCCCUGAGGCCUUGGGCUGGGUCACCACUCCACUCUUCAACUUCAGGCAGGUCCUGACCUGCGGGCGAAAGCUUUUGGGCUUGUGGCCGGCGACCCAGGACAACUCCAGAGCCAGGUCGAGUGCCCCCAACUUCAACCAGCCCGACAGCGUCAUCCUGCAGAUCGAUUUCCCCACCUCUGCCUUCGACGUGAAGUUCGUGAGCCCGCUGGCGGCCGAGGUGAGCCCCAAGUACGAAUUCGGCAGCCUGGGUGAGGAGGACCAGCGCAGGCUGCGGGAGGCGAUGCAGAAGAAAUCGCUCUAUUGGUUGACAGAUGCCGACCGCAAGCGGCUGUGGGAGAAGCGCUACUACUGCCACGCGGCACCCGGCUCGCUGCCCAUGCUGCUGGCCAGUGCACCCAGCUGGGAGUGGGCCUGCCUGCCCGACAUCUAUGCCCUGCUGAGCCAGUGGACCUACAUGAGCCACCAGGAUGCCCUGGGGCUCCUUCAUGCCACGUUCCCAGACCAAGAGGUGAGGAGGACGGCCGUGCAGUGGAUCGACUCCAUCUCUGACACGGAGCUGCUGGACUACCUGCCCCAGCUGGUCCAGGCCUUGAAGUAUGAGUGCUACCUGGACAGCCCACUGGUGCGCUUCCUCAUGAAGCGAGCAAUCUGCGACCUGAAAAUCACCCACUACUUCUUCUGGCUGCUGAAGGAUGGCCUGAAAGACUCCCAGUUCAGCAUCCGCUACCAGUACCUGCUGGCUGCUCUGCUGUGCUGCUGCGGGAAGGGGCUACGGGAGGAGUUCGACCGGCAGUGCCUGCUGGUCAGCACGUUGGCCAGGCUGGCCCAGCAAGUGCGGGACGCUGCUCCAUCCGCACGCCAGGGCAUCCUGCGUGAGGGGCUGGAGGAGGUGAAGCAGUUCUUCAAGGCUAACGGGUCAUGCCGGCUGCCACUCAGCCCCAGCCUGCUGGUCAAGGGGAUAGUGCCCCGGGACUGCUCCUAUUUCAACUCCAACGCCGUCCCCCUGAAGCUCUCCUUCCAGAACGUCGAUCCCCUUGGAGAAAAUAUCCGGGUCAUCUUCAAGUGUGGCGAUGACCUGCGGCAGGACAUGCUGACACUGCAGAUGAUCCGGAUCAUGAACAAAAUCUGGGUGCAGGAGGGGCUGGACAUGCGCAUGGUCAUCUUCCGCUGCUUCUCCACGGGCCGUGGACGAGGUAUGGUGGAGAUGAUCCCCAACGCCGAGACCCUACGCAAAAUCCAGGUGGAGCACGGUGUGACGGGCUCCUUUAAGGACCGGCCGCUGGCUGACUGGCUGCAGAAACACAACCCCGAGGAGGAUGAAUAUGAGAAGGCUGUGGAGAACUUCAUCUACUCCUGUGCUGGCUGCUGCGUGGCCACUUACGUGCUGGGGAUCUGUGACCGGCACAACGACAACAUCAUGCUCAAGACCACGGGCCACAUGUUUCACAUCGAUUUUGGCAGGUUCCUGGGCCACGCUCAGAUGUUUGGCAACAUCAAGCGGGACCGGGCACCAUUUGUCUUCACCUCAGACAUGGCGUACGUCAUCAACGGCGGGGACAAGCCCUCUAGCCGCUUCCACGACUUCGUCGAUCUGUGCUGCCAGGCUUACAACCUGAUCCGCAAGCACACCCAUCUCUUUCUCAACCUGCUGGGGCUGAUGCUGUCCUGUGGCAUCCCUGAACUUUCCGACCUGGAGGACCUCAAGUACGUCUACGAUGCACUAAGGCCGCAGGACACCGACGCUGAUGCCACCACCUACUUCACCAGGUUGAUUGAGUCCAGCCUGGGCAGCGUGGCCACCAAGCUCAACUUCUUCAUUCACAACCUGGCACAGAUGAAGUUCACAGGCUCCGAUGCCCGCCCAACCCUCUCCUUUGCCCCCCGCACACACACCAUCAAGACAUCCGGCCGGAUCUGCGAUGUCUUCCUCUGCCGCCAUGAGAGGGUCUUCAACCCCAACAAGAGCUACACCUACGUGGUGAAGGUGAAGCGAGAGAGCCCGAGCGAGGUGACCUUUGUGCAGCGCACCUUUGAAGAGUUCCAGGAGUUGCACAACAAGCUACGCCUGCUCUUCCCCUCCUCGCUACUGCCCAGCUUCCCCAGCAGGUUCAUUAUUGGCCGGUCACGAGGAGAGGCGGUGGCUGAGAGGAGGAAAGAAGAACUCAAUGGCUACAUCUGGCACCUCAUCCACGCUGCUCCAGAGGUGGCCGAGUGCGACCUCAUCUACACCUUUUUCCACCCGCUGCCCAGGGAUGAGAAGGCAGCUGGCACCAACCCGGCCCCAAAGCCAGCAGACACCACGUGGGCUCGUCCCUUGGGGAAGGUCGGCGGGGAGGUGAAGCUCUCCAUCUCCUACAAGAACAACAAGCUCUUCAUCAUGGUGAUGCACAUCCGGGGGCUGCAGCCCCUCCAGGAUGGCAAUGAUCCUGACCCCUACGUCAAGACCUACCUGCUGCCUGACCCCCAGAAAACCACUAAGAGGAAAACCAAAGUGGCCCGAAAAACCUGCAACCCUACCUACAAUGAGAUGCUGGUCUACGAUGGGGUGCCUCGGGGCGACCUGCAGCAACGGGAGCUGCGGCUGAGCGUGCUGAGCGAGGAAGGCUUUUGGGAGAACAUCCUCCUUGGGGAGGUCGGCAUCCGCCUGCGGGACCUCGACCUGGCGCAGGAGAAGAUGGGGUGGUUCGCCCUUGGAUCCCGUGGCCACGGCACACUCUGAGCUCCGGGAAUGGGCACCGGUGCCAGGAGGUGCCCGGAGGGACCGGGAGCUGCUGUUAGACGUCUUCUUUUUUAAGUUUACCUUGUGUCAAGGGAGCAACGCUGGGGGGAGGGUGGGCUGGGAGGAGUGUCAGGGCACUUCGGGGGGGGGUUAUUUCUUCCUUUGGGAUAUCUGUAUUUUAAUUUUUUUUAAUAACAACGUGUAGCGCGCGGCCGGGCGCCGGGGCGGUGGCAUCGCCAAGGUUGGUUUCGGGCCUAUCCUUGGGGACAUCCGUUCCCCACUUCAAUGCCAUCGGGGCCGUUCCCAGUGCAGGGGAUUUGCUCCCAAAGGAGAGCAGCGCGGCGGGAGCCGAUCCCAAUGGGGGGGGACCCCCGCCAGCACCCCCUGGGGAGCACGGCCACCUCCUUUCCCCCCGCCCGGCCCAGCGCUGGGGUGCGGGCUUGGUGCCUGUGGUGCUUUGUUUACAGCGAGAGCUCCGUAAACGGACGAAAUGUUUCUCAGGAUCGAGAAUAAUGAACUUAAACUUUAUAUUAAAAGUUUUAAAGACUGUAUCGAGCGGGAGAGGGCCUUGGGGGAGGUGGCACGGGGCCCCCCCCCGCCGGCGGGACCCUCCUGGCUGUAGCACGGCAGAGUGAAAAUAAAGCGAUGAAGUGCACGGGG